AUGGAUUCCUCCGACUUGGACGCCAUUCGGGCUGUGAGUGAACGUACAGCCAUCAAAUCUCUACGUGUAGGCAUUGGAUUUUGAAUGCCUCGAUUUCCCUCCACCUAGAAACGUAUGGCCGAACUACAAGCUCAAUCUGGAGCAGGAUCAGGAGGGACGUCAGCGGGUGGACCAGCUGGUGCAGGUGGAGCGGGCGAAGGUGCGCAAGAUCAAGCGGCUCAGUUCGCGCAGGAAGAGGAGAAGAGGAGGGGUAUUAUGAGUCAGAUCCUAAGUCCUGAAGCGAGGGAACGAUGUGAGUACUCGAGACAGUGCGGAGGUGGAGAUAAAAGUGCUAGAGGAGCCGUCGCCGGGGAGGAAUGGGAGGCGGAUUCGAGUGAGCUUUGCAGAGAAUCGAUUGCUGAUUCAGACACUUCUCUUUCACACCGCACCACAGUAUCGAGAAUAGCCCUCGUCCGACCCGAAAGGGCCCGAGCAAUCGAAGCCCUCCUUCUGCGCAUGGCCCAGUCAGGCCAACUCCGCGGUCGCGUCAGUGAGGACCAACUUAUCGGCGUGUUGGAUCAGGUCGAGGCGAAUGAGAGGAGGGCCCAGGGUGGGAAUACGGACGGGAAUAGUGGAGGCAAUUCGGGGGGUAAGAUUAUUGUAAGUUUUGUCAAAGUGCUGAGCCGCAGCGCUCGGAAAGAUGGCGGACGGGCAACUAAUCCGAGGUCUUUUUUUGGGGGCGUUUGCCCAUAGUUCAAUAGGAGGAAAGGAGGUUUUGACAGUGAUGAGGACUUUUAA